CUCAGAGCGAGAGCGCCUGUGACAGUGGAGUUCUUUGAUUCAUGCUGUGGUGAACCCUCAUUUUGGGAUUUGGACAACAAUUAAUGCGGCCAGAACAGAGCGCAUGAAGGAUGAGAAGAUGAAUGUGGAGGCUCUAAGCAGAGCAGAGCUGCUAACUCUCCUCAGCAUUUUGGAGGGAGAGCUGGAAGCCCAGGAUGUGGUCAUACAUGCCCUCAGGGCGCAGCACAGAGACUCUUUCGUCCAGGAACGUUAUGGCCAGUACGACCUCAGCGAUCCAUUUCUGGCCCUGCAGCGAGACAGCGAGUCCGAGGAGCGCCAGAACACGCUCGUCGAGCCUCACGCACACCUGCAGGGCCGGGCGGUGGGCCCAAACCCUCUGGCUGUGCUUAAACUGGUCAUGGCUCACUGCAAGAGGAUGCAGGAGAGGAUGAUGGGACAGUUGGCUGCCGCUGAGAGCAGACACAGGAGGGUGAUAGCUGAUCUGGAAGAGGAGAAACGACAGCGUGCCCAGGAGUCCGCGCACAGUGAUGAUUUCACCUUCAUGCUGCAGACAGAAAAAGACAAACUGCUGCAACAGUUGGAAGCUGAGCGUACAACGGUGCGGAGGUUAGAGAAGGAACAAGUACAGGCGGUGAGCCGGGCGGAGGAGUCCCUGUCCCAGCAGCAGCAGCUCUCCUCAACUCUGACUCUGGAGCUCCAGAAAGCCAGCGGCCUGGCUCAGGAGGAGGCCCAGAAGGUCUCCCAACUUCGCACCUUGCUCCAAGAGGAGACCAGCGCGCUGGAGAAGCUCCGGCGGGUUCUCGAAGAUGAGAAGAGCAGGGCAGCCCAGCUGGAGGCCAGGUCUGAGAGGCAGCUGGCUGAGUUUGACGCCGAACGGCAGCAGAUGAGGGCCAGGAUCGGCAGAGAGGAGGAGAGGAGUAGGGAGCUCGAGAGGCAGCUGGAGGAGCUGAGGAAGAGGUUGGUCGAAACUGGAGGAGGUAAAGAAGAGGUGAAGGAGGCUGCGACAGAAGUGAAAGAGCCGCUUUCCAAGAUGAUGGUGGUGUCCACAUCUGUUCAGACUGAGCCAGAUGGAAAGAUAUCUCCAAAAUCCACCUCAUUGUCAAAGAUCAAUGGCUAUCACGCUCCUAAAGAGACAGAAAUGACACAGGAAGGGAGGGGAGCAGAAAAUGGAGGGGUGGUGGAGAAUGGGGAAGGCGCACUUUUGCAAUCCCCUCUUCACCCUCAUCCUCACCCUCAUCCACAGUCUCCCUCCAGUACAGCCUCUUCUUCCCUCUCCUCUUCUCCCAUUUCCUCCCCUGUUCUUGCCAAGCGUCUGGGCAGUCCGGGCUUCCACCAGUCCUCCUACCAGGCCGGGGUCAACCAGCGAUUCCAGGCCGCCAGGCACAAGUUCCAGAGCCAGGCCGAGCUGGAGCAGCAGCAGCACGGGGGCCCUCUUUCCCCAAGGGACCUCUCGCCAACCACCUCUUCCAUCCCUCUCCCACCAGAGCACACCACUGCUAAGCAGCUGGCCCGCAACACAGUCACUCAGGUGCUGUCCCGCUUCACCAGCCAGCAGGCCGGUGUCAAGCUGACGCCGAUCAGCAGCUCCCCGUUUGGUACAGACUACCGCAACGUAACAGCAUCUCCUACAGGGGGGAAGUCACCUUCUUCAGGGCCACUAUCUCCGGGCAUCCGCUCCCCCCUCACUCCUCGCUCAGAGAGGAGCUACCCUCCUCCGAUCCCUCCCAAGAAGCCAGGCGUGAGUCCAACUCCAGGCUCCCCAAGUCACUCUGCUCGGACCAGCCUCUUCCCAGAGCUGACAGGGAACUGUGGACAAAGCAAGCAGGAGGGAGCCAAGGAGCCGGACCUGGUUUUAUCCUCCAGCAGCUAAUGGCCAGAUCAUAUGAACUAUCUCCUACAAUGAGUAGAAUGGGUUAGCCCUAAAUCAACAGUUACUGUAAUAUGUAUUGUUGCUGUCCCUUAAACCCACUUCAUAGUACUCAUAAUCAGUAGUAUAGACACUUCAAAGCUGGACUGGGUCAAACAGAUGCAUUUAAUAGUUUGUCGCACUCCUACCUCUAUACCACAACAUGAGAAACAAUCAGAAAAUAACUAUUAGAAAUAAAAUAUAUAUAGUAUUUUAUGCAUUUUUUUUUUUAAUUUGAUUUAAUAUUUAUAUUAACAUUCCUGUUUUUAUUCCUUUUUUAAAGUGUUUUUGUGUGAUUGUAUCUAGUUUAUUUUCUCACUUUAAAAUAUUAAGGGUGUUAAAACAACCAUAAAUAUGAAGAGGCCAAGCUGAAUACCUGUUUAUUACAACCCUCCUUUUCUUUUCCCUUAAUGCUUAAAUUGCCAGUCCUGCUAGAUUUAAAAAAAAAAAAAAAAAAAAAAAGACUGUCAGGAAAAAAAAACAUAUGGCAAGUAAAAGGGCUAAAAUAUACAGUUUUAAAGUACAUAAAAUAUGUAGCUAUCACCAUUUCACACCUUUUAUCUAGUGAGUAGUUUGUAAAAUGUUUUUCUAUGCAGUUCCUGCAGAGAUAGUCCAUGAAAAACAUUAUUAUACUGUAAAUACUAUGGCGAAAAACAUCCAAGCAUGUGCUGUUUUAUUCUAUUACACUUGUCACGAAUACACUGAAUCUAGUGAAAUGGGAGAGCACACUUUGUACUACAUUACUUUAUGUCUACAAUUUUAAAUGUUUUGUUCAGGGAAGGUUCAUUUCUGCCUCACCAAAACCAAGGAGGACUAUGUUACAACUGUACGUUAACUCUUUGGGAUACUGCAUCAAUGAACACAAUGGGGACUAAAAGUUUGAAUCUUGCUACUGUAACAGUUGUUUUUAUAUCUGUCAAAUAUAGUCAUAGUAUUUUGUUUCGUCCUAACAGUGCUACAUCAGAUGUUUGUUGUAGUUUUAGAGUGUUUUUACAAAAAAAACUUCUGGCUUUAAAACCAAGAAUUGAUUGAAAGUUAUUUUAGCCGAUCAAUUUAAAAUCGGUAGAUUUAUACACAUUUGUAUGUGAGGGGCAAUGACCCUCAGCUGGCAGUAGUAAAUCUGCAUAUCAUGAACACCUGCAGCAUCUAGUGCUUUUUUAAAAAUAAAUUGCCUAUGCUGUAAAGCUUA